GGGCUCGGUGUUCUGGACGGUUCUGUGCGGGUCUUUAAGGGGUGGCGCGGGGGAGAGAUGCUGCAGGAGGAUCCGGACUCUGAGAGACUGAUAUUACCUGCUGCUGCGGUGAGAGAUUUAUCACAGGUUAUACCUGCUGAAGAGUCGACUGUGGACAGGAAACAGAAACCAUGUCUAAGGGACCAGCGGUCGGCAUUGACCUCGGGACCACCUACUCAUGUGUGGGGGUCUUUCAGCACGGCAAAGUCGAAAUCAUUGCCAACGACCAGGGAAACCGCACCACGCCCAGCUACGUCGCCUUCACCGACACCGAGAGGCUGAUCGGAGACGCUGCCAAAAAUCAAGUCGCCAUGAAUCCCACCAACACAGUGUUUGAUGCAAAGAGGCUGAUUGGACGGCGGUUUGACGAUGCGGUUGUCCAGUCAGAUAUGAAGCACUGGCCCUUCACAGUAAUCAACGACUCCACACGCCCUAAAGUCCAGGUGGAGUAUAAAGGAGAGACCAAGGCGUUUUACCCGGAGGAGAUAUCCUCUAUGGUGCUGGUGAAGAUGAAAGAGAUUGCGGAGGCGUACCUUGGAAAGACGGUCACAAAUGCAGUGGUUACUGUACCUGCGUACUUUAAUGACUCUCAGCGUCAGGCUACAAAGGAUGCAGGGACCAUUUCUGGACUAAAUGUCCUUCGAAUCAUCAAUGAGCCAACAGCAGCUGCCAUCGCCUACGGCCUGGACAAGAAAGUGGGUUCAGAAAGAAACGUGCUGAUUUUCGAUCUUGGCGGCGGCACGUUUGAUGUCUCUAUCCUGACCAUUGAAGAUGGCAUCUUCGAGGUCAAGUCCACAGCUGGAGACACUCACCUGGGCGGUGAGGACUUCGACAACCGCAUGGUCAAUCACUUCAUCUCCGAGUUCAAGCGCAAAUACAAGAAAGACAUCAGUGACAACAAGAGGGCGGUGCGUCGUCUGCGGACGGCCUGCGAGAGAGCGAAACGCACGCUCUCCUCCAGCACUCAGGCCAGCAUCGAGAUCGACUCGCUCUACGAGGGCGUCGACUUCUACACCUCCAUCACCAGGGCUCGCUUCGAGGAGCUGAACGCCGACCUGUUCCGCGGCACGCUGGACCCUGUGGAGAAAUCCCUCCGUGAUGCUAAACUGGACAAGUCCCAGAUCCACGACAUCGUGCUGGUUGGAGGGUCAACUCGCAUCCCUAAAAUCCAGAAGCUCCUGCAGGAUUUCUUCAACGGAAAAGAACUCAACAAGAGCAUAAAUCCAGACGAGGCUGUUGCGUACGGUGCAGCUGUUCAGGCAGCUAUUUUGGCUGGAGAUAAGUCUGAGAACGUGCAGGACCUGCUGCUGCUGGACGUCACUCCUCUCUCUCUGGGUAUUGAGACUGCUGGUGGAGUCAUGACCAUCCUGAUCAAGCGUAACACCACAAUCCCCACCAAGCAGACGCAGACGUUCACCACAUACUCAGAUAAUCAGCCUGGUGUGCUCAUUCAGGUUUAUGAGGGUGAAAGAGCCAUGACUAAAGACAACAACCUGCUGGGGAAGUUUGAGUUAACAGGAAUUCCUCCUGCACCCCGAGGUGUUCCUCAGAUUGAAGUCACCUUUGAUAUCGAUGCCAAUGGGAUCAUGAAUGUCUCUGCAGUAGAUAAGAGCACUGGCAAGGAGAACAAGAUCACCAUCACCAACGACAAAGGUCGUCUCAGCAAAGAGGAGAUUGAGCGAAUGGUCCAGGACGCUGAGAAAUACAAGGCUGAGGACGAUGUCCAGAGAGACAAAGUGGCCGCCAAGAACGGGCUGGAGUCAUACGCCUUUAACAUGAAGUCCACGGUGGAGGACGAGAAGCUGAAAGGAAAGAUCAGCGAUGAGGACAAGCAGAAGAUCCUGGAUAAGUGCAAUGAGGUCAUCAGCUGGCUGGACAAGAACCAGACUGCUGAGAAGGACGAGUUUGAGCACCAGCAGAAGGAGCUGGAGAAGGUGUGUAACCCCAUCAUCACCAAGCUGUACCAGGGUGCAGGGGGCAUGCCAGGAGGAAUGCCCGAGGGGAUGCCAGGAGGAUUCCCAGGAGCUGGAGCUGCACCUGGAGGAGGAGGAUCUUCUGGACCAACUAUUGAAGAAGUUGACUAAAUUGUUCUUCGACAUUUUCAGCUCGUUUCUUUGUUGCUCUCAGCUGUUGUUCUUUGGUGGCAUGUUUCUAAACUCAUAUUAAAGGAGAACUCCAGUGUAAAAUGUACUUUUGUUGUAGUAAAACAUGAUAAAAAGUACAUUCCUUUGAUGAAUAGCACACCUCCGCUCUCCCACAGCAUUCCAAGAUACAGAAAUUUUAACAGUUUGUCCAAACACCCUUCAGACUGGGUGAUACGGAGCUUAAUUUACCCUGAUAAAACACUUUUUCCACCGUUAUCCAGCUCAAAGUAGCUCCACACCUCCUUGCUAGAAUCCGGAGAGCUCUGACAUUUAAAACUACGCCAGAAUUACACUGCUACGCCAAGAGGCAGGCUAUGCGGAGUCUAUGUAUAUAUAUCUAUGUUAUUAUUAUCAGUACAGUGAUGGCGGCGCCCGGAGCUGAAGCUCGCGUUAUAGGAUAUAAACAGUGUUUUUUUUUUAAAAUAAGCUUCUUGUGCACUUUUUAAGUUAUUAAUGCCUUUUUUAAAUGGCAGGGCUCUCCAGAUUCUAGUAAGAGGUGUGGAACUACUUUGAGCUGGAUAACGGUGUAAAAAACGAUUUAUCGGGGUAAAUUAUGCCCCGUGUCACCCAGUCUGAAGGGUGAUUAAACAAACUGUUAAAAUUUCUGGAUCUCUGAACGCUGUGGGAGAGCGGAGGUGUGCUAUUCAUCAAAGAUAAGAACUUUUUAUCAUGUUUUACUACAACAAAAGUCCAUUUUACACCAGAGUUCUCCUUUAAACACUUGCAAUCUAUCAGAACUUUACUUGUGACCAUAUACUUGUGAGUUUGAGUCUAAGGAAUGUCUCUUACUGAGAAUUUACUUUUUUUAUGUUUUCUAAUGUUAAAGAAGCACGUUUAUCCACUGGUGUUCACUGACUAGUGUUGCGUUUGUUUGUCUCACGUUCUCACGUAAAAAAAUUGUGUGGCUCUCUUGAGUAUAUGCACUGCUAUUUACAAUAAAAACUUGCAGAUUUCUGUGUUUUCUGUAUUUAAAACUGAUUUUUUUUUUUGUUCUAUCCUGAGAAUUGAGUCUAUAUUUUUGAGCCUUUUCAACAAAAAAAACAUAUACCAACUUUUUUUUUUUACUUUUUUACAUAAAAGAACAUGCUUAUUCUUCUUAAUUCAUAAAGGCACUUAAAAUAA